AUGGCUGACGACAUGACACGUAACUAUAGCAUAGCUAACGCUGAAGAUCAAAUGCAGGUUGUCUUAUAUGAAGUUGAGUUAUUAUUGCGCACAGGUGCCAUUCCAAAGUCACUGUCAGACUUCGGCCUGCCAAUGCCAAUGCCUAAUUUCAUUGAACGGCUAAGAAAUAGACUCCUAAUGGAAGAAAAGAACUAUGAUAGAGAACAACUAGCACUUGAAAAUGAAACAUGUCGAGCCAGACUUAACUCUCAACAACUACACAUAUAUGAAGACAUCAUAACAUCAGUAACAUCUAACAAACACGUACUAGGUUUUGUAUACGGUCACGGUGGUACUGGGAAAACAUUCUUAUGGACGACUAUCAUUUCUGCUUUGCGCUCUAGAGGCAAUAUUGUUUUGGCAGUUGCAUCAUCCGGAAUUGCUUCUCUAUUGCUACCUUCUGGCAGAACAGCUCACUCUCGGUUUAAAAUACCGCUUGACUUAUCAGACGAGUCAUUGUGCCUAAUAAAAAAGAAAACACAUCUUGCACAAUUGAUAAUAGAGGCUUCCCUAAUUAUUUGGGAUGAAGCACCAAUGAAUGAUCGUAGCUGUUUUGAAUCAUUAGACAAAUCCUUACAAGAUCUAUUUAAUAAUCCUAACAUACCUUUCGGUGGGAAAUCCGUGUUACUAGGUGGCGACUUUCGACAAACACUACCGAUAGUUCCAAAGGCUUCAAAAGCAUUAAUCUUGGCCUCAACAUUACCUAACUCACACCUGUGGAAACAUUUCAAGAUCUAUCAACUAAGCCAAAACAUGCGUCUAGAAAGGCCGAAUCUUAGUUUAUCCGAAAGAAACUCUAUUGCAGAAUUCUCUUCGUGGCUCCUUGCUCUAGGCGAUGGUAAACUAGGAACACCAGAAAUAAACGACCUUGAAAAUACGAAAAACAUAGAAAUACCAACACAAUACUUAAUACCAUUUAAAGACGGUGCACUCAACGAACUAAUACAAUUUAUAUAUGAUGCGGACACCUUACAAAACCCAUCCGCGAGUUCGUUUUCUAGAAAAGCCACUGUCUGCCCUAAGAACGAAACAGCCCAAGAAAUCAAUCUUGCCAUACUCCAAAUGUGCCAUGGAUCAAGCAUCACAUACAACAGUGUUGAUUCAGCACUUCCCCACAUGGGUGAUCGCGGUGACACCGAAAUGUUGUACCCAACAGAAUACCUAAAUCUGCUAGACUUUAAUGGACUACCACUGCAUUGUUUACAGUUAAAAGUUAAUGCACCGGUCAUAUUGCUUAGAAAUCUUAACCCUGCAGCUGGUCUAUGUAACGGUACAAGACUUAUAGUUACACAACUAUUACCCCGAAUCAUAGAGGCAUAA